GUUACAAAAAUUAUUAACUAUCUAGUUGUGUGUGUUAUUCUUGUAAACACCAUUAAAGUUACAUGGAUAGAACCAUAGAAGAUUAUAAGGUAUUAAGAAGAUAAGAAUUUUCCGAAGAAAAAAAAAAAGUAGAAAGAAAGCUGAAUCUAUUAACAGCAAGGAAACCAUGAGUAGCGCCGCCUUUAAGGUCGGUGUGUUGGGGAGUGGAAUUUCAGGAGCCGUGUGUGCUUCAACUCUUGCCAGAAAUGGGGUUUCUGUUACUCUCUUUGAGUCAGCUAGAGGCCCUGGUGGACGCAUGUCCCAAAGAAGAGAGAGAACUGAAGAUGGGACGGAGCUGCAUUUUGACCAUGGUGCUCCAUUUUUCUCGGUUAGCAAGUCUGAAGUUUUACAUCUGGUUCAAGAGUGGGAAUCAAGGGGUCUCGUAGCUGAAUGGAAAGAGAAGUUUGCCUCGUUUGAUUUUCACACACUUAAAUUUAACAACAUAGAGCAGGAAGGAUCAAGCAAGAGAUAUGUGGGUGUUCCGGGCAUGAAUUCUAUAUGCAAAGCAUUAUGCAAUGAGAGUGGUGUGGAAAGCAAGUUCGGUGUGGGUAUUGGAAGAAUUGAAUGGUUGCAUGAUGAGAAACUGUGGUCAUUGAUAGGGGUGGAUGGACAAAAUCUUGGUCAAUUUAAGGGGCUUGUUGCAUCAGACAAGAAUAUAGUUUCUCCCAGGGUUGCAGAAGUGACAGGAAGGACGCCACCACUUGAUAUAAAAUUGGUGCCAGAGUUGUCAGAAAAGUUGCUUGAUCUUCCUGUUAAGCCAUGUUUCAUUGUAAUGCUGGCAUUUGCAGAGCCUCUAUCAACGGUUCCAGUCAAAGCCUUUUCUUUUGAAAAUUCUGAAGUUUUAAGCCGGGCUUAUUGUGAUAGCAGCAAGCCAAACCGUUCUACUACAAGUGAAAGAUGGGUUCUUCAUUCUACAGCAGAAUACGCAGAAGAUAUAAUUGCUCAAACUGGACUCAAGAAGCCCUCAGACAUUACACUCAACAAAGUGGCCGAACAGCUUUUGCAAGAAUUUCAAAGCACGGGGCUUAUCACAUCUCAACCAUUUUUCAAGAAAGCCCAUAGAUGGGGGAGUGCAUUUCCUGCUGCUAGUAUUGCCCAAGAGGAAAAAUGUCUUUGGGACAGAAACAAGAGACUAGCUAUCUGUGGAGACUUCUGUGUCAGUCCCAAUGUUGAAGGUGCCAUAGACAGUGCCUUCGCAGCAGCAUUAAGGCUUAAAGAUAGUGUCAGCUCUUUAUAGUUGGAGCAUUACAAUCUGUAGUUCUCCAAACCUUGCAUGUCUUUAUUUCAGUUUUUUCUCCUAGGAAAACGUGUUCAAAAUUUCUUUUAAGACAUUUCUGUAUUACUAAACGCGAACAAAUUUCCCUUCUACGACGAAGCCUUGCACACUACAAAGUAUGAGAAAGAGGUACAGGGUGGUUGCACUUUGCCGUGCCAAGUUUGCAGGAAAAUGGUGAUGAAACCACCUUUGAAAUCAAACAGUGUUGAGUUUAGUCUUAACAGCAAAAAAUAAGGUAAACAUAUGUUAAGUGCACUAGAUGAUGGCCUAAUGUACUGUAAUUCUGAAUUUGUGAUCAUGUUAUUUCCUUUUAGUUAUAACUAAAAUACAUUUCAGAAAGCACCAUGGCUUGACCCAACAAAUAUCAAAAUAUCAUCAUCCCACAUGUAAUGGUUAUUUUCAAAUACAGAUGUGCGUGUGUGCUUGGUUUAUUUA